AAGGUACAGCAGAAAUCGUCUGACACUGAAACAUUAAAAAAAGGUCUCUAAGGCCUUGCAAAGGAGACGUAUUUCACAGAGAGAGAAUUACUUUGACUUUGUGUUCAUCCUGUUCAACCAGGAACUGUCCAAGAGUUAGAGGAAUAGAUCYCAGUCAUCAGGAUUUAAGAAGCUGAAAACCAUGUCUCUUCCCCAGCAGCUGCGAGAAAAGAGUGAUUUUGACCAGCUUCCAGAUGAUGUACCUGUUUCAGCUAACAUUGCAGAUAUUGAAGAGAAGAAAGGCUUUACUAAUUACUAUAUGUUUGUGAUUGAAGUAAAGCUUAAAGGUGGUGGCAGAUACCUGAUUUUCCGUCGUUAUCGUGAAUUCUAUGCCCUGCACACCAAACUAGAGGAGAGAUAUGGGCCAGAGAGUAAUAACAGCCCAUUUACCUGCACACUCCCUGUGUUGCCAGGGAAAGUUUUUGUGGGUGCCAAAAGGGAAAUUGCUGAGAGCAGGAUUCCUAUCCUGAAUGUCUACAUGAAGAACCUUCUCUGCCUCCCUGCUUGGGUGUUGAUGGAUGAGGAUGUACGACUGUUCUUCUACCACUCAACCUUUGAUGGUGAGCAGGUGCCUCACAGGCUGAGACGGCUUCGCCCACGGACACGCCGAGUUAAAAGCAUUUCAGACCAUGUGCCUAUUUUUGACCGCACAGCAGCUCCACGGGCUGAGGCACUGUUUGAUUAUCCUGGAACCAAUAAACUGGAACUCAGCUUCAAGAAGGGAGAUUUGAUCUACCUGCUCAGCAGAGUAAACAAAGACUGGCUGGAGGGAACUGCUGGUGGUGCCACUGGAAUUUUCCCAAGUGCUUUUGUGAAGAUCAUAAAAGGUUUGCCACAGCAGGAAGACACAGUUAAUAAAAUCCGCUGUUAUUACUAUGGUGAUACCAUGAGCACUAUAAGGGAUGUCUCAGUGGAAGAGGAUCUGAGCAGCGUUCCAUCAUUCAAAGAUCUAAUGGAAUUGAUGAGGCAGGAGUUUCACCAAGAUGACAUUGUUUUGAACUACCGGGACCUUGAUGGUGAUCUGAUCCGGUUGCUCUCCGAUCAGGAUGUUGAACUCAUGGUGGCUCAGAGCAGAAGAAGGCCCUCUGAGAAGCACUUUUUCCCUUGGAAGUUGCACAUCACUCACAAAGAUGACUUGGGUGUCUACAACACUACUCCAGGAACAGGUGCUACUCAAACAGUAGGAACAACAUAAGUGCUAUGUAGAUAUCCCUCUCUGCUGGCAGUUUCCUUCAACAUGGCUUUGAAGUGACCUUGAAAUGAGUAAUUUUUAGUAAUAUGUUGCCUUUCUGUGUAAAAACUGUACUUAAUUAACUGCUUCAGCUUUUUAGCACUUCYCUGCAAUAGAGAUCUACAUAGAGACAAGGGAAGGUGAGGAAUAGAGAAGUAAAAYCAUGGGCAUAUUCACAAGGCGCAGUGUUAGUGUGCAAUAGAGGUGUCCUGAGCCCCAASACCUGCUCUAAUCUCUAUUCUCACUCCCAGGGCUAAUUAUUUGUCCAGAAUGUCUUCAUAAGCUUUUAUUUUUUUAAUUUUUUUUUCCUAGACUCCCAUAAUUUUCUCUUCAUUUGCUGAUCUGAAGGUUUUUGUGCCAGUGUGUAAUUAUUUCUCUCAUGUUGGAGUCUGACUGGGCAUUCAGAGUUUGUCCUAAGAGCACAUAAAAAAAACUUUUUUGAAUUUCAGUGAAGAAAUUGCAGCCCACCUUAGCUUUUUUCUCUUCCACUGACCAAUACAUUGAAUUUUGUGAAUCAAACUUAAUACAACUGUGGUGUUCCUUAUAGACCUUUAUGUAACUGUAUAAACUACUUAUUUCUGGGAAAUAAGUGUUCUGGGAAAAUGUGUAUGAUACCUAUUCAAACCGCAAUUUCUUCUCUAUCUUCUCCUUUCUGACACUGCAUUUCAAAUAAAGCAAACAAGAAAUUACUGUAUCAGAUUCAUCAACAAAUAAAGUGAAAUAUUAGUUCAUCAGUUUUAUUAUAAAAGUGUUUUUUUGGGUGGGGGAACUCAGUUGACAUUAUUUUACCAAAACGUUAGAAAAUGUAACUUCCGUCUCUAAAGGCAUUGUGGCAAUGCAGUUUAGAAAGGAGGUGAAGCAAUAUGCRAUGACUGUCAGUGGUAUUACACAUUGUGACGGAAAA